AUGGCUGCCAACUAUGAGAACUCGGCUCAGCCUGUUAAUGGCGUCAACUAUCAGCCUCAGGUUCCCGACACGACCUUCGGACCCAUGAUUCACACCUACAGACCGCGAUUUGACCAUAUCGGCUUGGGAGCGUUCCCCAUGGUCCCAGGACUUGCUGCUCAGUCUGGUUUCACCGGCAACCCGAUGGCAAUGCAAGGUCCAAUCGGCCUUCCAGCAACUGGCACUCCUCUCUUUAUGCAACCCGCUGGUCACCCGCCAAUGCUUCUGCCUGCAGCCAAUGGCAUGUCCUUCUCGCAGCCUGCUAUGGCCAUGAGCGCUGGCGUAGGAUGCAUGUCCGCCCCUCCUGGAACCCUGUUGCCCACGGCUACGCCCGGAAUGUUUGUGCAAGGUAAUGGCGGCGUCCACCCUGAGCCGGCGUGCGGCAUUGGUCGUACGGGCGCAGAGUAUACCGCUGAGCAAAUGGACAUGGCUUAUGCAAACAAGUCCUUUGAACCACAGGAUUUCAAGCCGGCUGACGACACGCCGUCGCGCAUGUACAUGUGCCGUGAGCUUGACGGAGUCUGGACCAUGCGCAGCCGCUUUUCAAUUGAUCGUAUGGCCAAGGAGUGGAGAUGGCAUAUGGCCCCCGAGGGCUAUUUCUACGCCGUCCGUCUCCCGAACUGA